UCUCUUUGAGAUUUACCGAUGGGUUCGUUUCCGGUAAUCCAGGAAAUCGGUGCUCUCUUGUUUUCCUCCGUUUUUCGGUAGCUGCUAACGGAGCUAGCUACUAGACAAGAAAGAAAAGCCCCUUAGCAGAGAACAAAAAAGAUCGAGACAGGAUGAGGAAGAGGACCAGAGAGCAUGAAGAUGGGUCACCUGACUCUGACCAGCCAAUCAAGAUGUUCUCCAAGUAUGAGGUACAGGGUCUGCUCCAGCAGGAGGUGCAUAGUGCCAUGAAACAGUCUGAAUCCAAGAUGGCGUCUCUACUAGAGAGGGUCCAGUUACUGGAAUGUGAACCGAAAUACGACCUGGCCAUACACAGACUGGAGGCUCACAUAAAGAAGGUUAAGAGGAGGGGAGAUGCAGCCAUCUCUUAUGUCAGGAUGCUACGACCUCCAGGAGUUAAACACAAUCAGAGGAUGCUGGGUUCUGGUCUUGUGGACCUGACUGAGACCGAGACUGAGAGUGGACUGGGUACUGUGGACAUCAGCAGUCAUUUUGUCAACCUCAUCAUGGAAAAGACACGGAGAAAUGCAUAUGAUGCAGCUUUCAAGUUGAAGGCGAUUGAUCUGGCCGUUGGGAAAGGAAACAGAGAUGCUGCACAGGAGCUUGGUCUUAAUGAGUCGAUGAUAAGACGUUGGAAACAGCAGCGUGAGGAAUUGACUCAGUGCAAAAAGACAACUAAAGCUUUCAGAGGGAGGAAAAGCAGAUGGCCCGAACUUGAAAAUGAGCUGGAAGACUGGGUCGACACACGGAGAGCAGACGGCCGAGGUGUUUCUACUGCGCAGAUCCGACUGAAAGCCAAAACAAUCGCCACCGCAAUGAAGUUUGAGGAUUUUAGAGGCGGACCAUCGUGGUGUCUCAGAUUUCUGAGACGUAAAGGCCUGUCCAUCAGGGUACAGACGAGUCUGUGUCAGCAGCUCCCUCCCGACUACGAGGAAAACGUUUCAAACUUCCGCAAAUUACGGUCAGAUUCUGAUGAGGAGGACUCAGCUGAGAAGAAGAGGAAGGUUGUAGAUGGUUUCUGGCAGAAAAUGAUGUCCAAUAAAAAGGCCCCAGACAGGAAGAGGGAAAAAGAGAGGAAUGGAAAGAAACAAAACAUCCCUCUUCCUCCUCCUACCACUCCGCCUCCGCCUCUUUCUCCUCUUCCUCCCGUUCUCUCUCCUCAAGUCCUGAAGGUAGAGGCUUCUGUAGUACCAGUGACCAGACCACCAGUCACGUCUCCAGAUGGUCCAGUUAAAACGGAGGGCACGGUGAAGAUGGAAACCACGGUUAAGACAGAGGAGUCCUCGUGUCCUCCAGUCCCUCUUCGUGUUCCUCCGUCUCAGAGUGAGCUGCUGUCCCGUCUCCCUCCUCUCCCCCCAACCCCAUUCCCUUCCUCCCUCCCUCUCGAGGCCGCCUCUUACUCCAUCCCCCAGAAGCCCCUAGUACACCUGGCCCGUAUCCGAAACCCUGCCCCCUGUCUGGUCAUCCACUGGAGGGUCAUUGAGGAAGACCCCGCAGCGCCCGACAUGGACAGUUACAGUAUCUACAUCGCUCAGGAGAGUCAUAGCAGCAGCGUCUCCCCGUCCUGGAGGAAUGUGGGUGUGGUCAAGGCCCUGGCCCUGCCCAUGGCUGUCACGGUAACCAAGUACCAAUCGGGUACCACCUACGUGAUCGUGGUGGGCAAGGACCGGUACGGUCGCUACGGACCGUACAGCGACAUACAGACUGUCCUCCUGGCGUAGAGAUGUGGCUGGGAGGUGAAAGGUUACUGAGAUCUAGUGACCUGCUAGACUCUGGUAUUCUCUGUGCUGCCAUCUAAAGAGGAACAGAUGUAUUUUCAACAGCAUUACACCGAUCCAAUGAGGGAUGCUCAGCGACGCGUCCCAACGAAUUCCACGGAGGAGGGGGGCCGAGCGUCUGUGGGGGAGGGUGGG